CAAAGUCUAAUACAAAUUAAUCAACUCGUAUAUAUAUAUUUACAGGAGCUGGCAUCUAUAUAUAUACUUAGCUUAUAUAUUGAACUUGCGAAUGGAGAGAGUGAGCAGAAUAGUAACUGAAAAGCCAGUGGUGAUAUUCAGCAAGAGUUGUUGCUGCAUGAGCCACUCUAUUAAGUCUCUCUUCUCUGACCUCGGCGUUAACACCGCGAUUUACGAGCUGGACGAGAUGCAGAGAGGCCAUGAGAUAGAGGCGGCGCUUUCAAAUCUCGGCUGCAAUCCAACAGUUCCGGCGGUGUUCAUCGGCGGCGAAAUGGUGGGUGGAGAAAAUGAGGUGAUGAGUCUUCAUCUUCGAGGGUCCUUAAAGCCAAAACUCAAAAGCGCAGGAGCUUUGUGGGUUUAGUAACACCUAAAACUUCUACGUAUCCAGCGCAGGAUCAUGGCCGGUGAUGCUUUGCGUUUUUUUAAUUUUUUAAAUAAUACUCUUAGUUAGAGUUUGGCUACUAAUUAAUUAGUACUACUUUUAGUAUGAAAAAUGGAAAAGUUAAAGUGUGUGUAUGUAUAAGGAUUAAUCUUAUAUAUACAAUAACAAAUGUAAAGAUUUCUAA